AUGGCGAGAAGGUCGGCGGCGGCCAUGGCGAGGCCGCAGGAGUCGGUGGCGGCCAUGGCUAUGGUGCGGGGAGUUUCUCCCCCAUCUCUUUCUCUCUCAUUCCGCAGCAACAUCCCUUCCCUCCCUCCCUCCCUGUCCCAUGCCGCAGCCACCUCUUCUCCCCAUAUUCCUUCCCUGCAGGGCGUUGUUGCUUGGCCCGAGGAGGAGUUGCCACGGCGGUGGCGCGGGUGCGACGUGCGGGAGGAGCGGCGGCGCAGCGCACGGGCGGAGUUACGGCGUGGCGGCAGCCAGCGGCAGCGGCACAGGGCUACGUCGGCUCGGCGCGGGGACCGCGUGUCGCCCGUAGACGGCCUGCGGCGGCAGGACUGCGGACUGCCGGCGUGGGUGGCUCUGCGGCAGAUGAAGACCAUGCAAUACUCCCCGGCGGUGGCGUGGGCAGCGGCGGCGCCACGAGGCAUGGGGAGCGGCGGGGGCGCACGCGUGGGAAGCACCGGCGGCGCACGACGACUCGGCUCGGGACGCAUUGGCGACGCACGAGCGCACGGGAAGGGGCCUACCGAGGCGUGGCGCGGCCUCCUGCGACACAGUGCGGCUGCCGGUGAGGCGUGAUCUGCUACGGCGGGGCGCGGGCGUGGCGGCCGGCGGAGCGCGGGCACGGCUGCCGGCGAAGCGUGAUCUGCUACGGCGGGGCGCAGCCUGCUCUCGUUGCUUUUUUUUUUGUUUUUUAAUCAGUUUCUAGAGACAGGUGAAGGCAUCACCUCUCCAAAAAAAUGAGUUUGUAGGGGCGGAUGAGGGGUGAACCGGUAUUUUCAAGAGCGGGUAACGUACUCGCCCCUACAAACUGCUAUUUUUAGCUGCAGAAAAUAAGGACGAGUGCGACAUCCGCUCUUAUAAUAUCUUUUUACCCACCUCUACAAACUAUUUAUGUAGUAGUGCAUGUCGUCCUGCAUGUCAUGGGAGCCAAUUGCUUCAAUCGUUGUGCUACCGACCU